AUGUCCAGAUCAUCGAUUUCUCUCGACAACGAACAUCGAGCCCAUAGCGAUCGUUCCGAAGGCGUUCGAGCCGAGGAUUUCCUGUUCUCGUUCCACACUGCCGAGGAUAAGGUGGAUCAGAUUCUCGUAUACAGCGAUCUGACGAAGGCCAUGAGACCGCAGCUGGCGGCAGCUCUGCUCGCAGCGCAGUUGGUCUCGCAAAUAUGCGUCAGCUCGGUGCGCGGCUUCGGGUGUCACUCGGGCUGCCAUUGCAUUUGGCGGCACGGGAAAAUGACGGCGACUUGCACCGAGCUCCAGCUGGAAUCGCUGCCGAGCGAUCUUGACGAAGGCCUCCAAGUACUGAACAUGUCCAUGAACAACCUGAAAGCUCUGCAAAACAAUCAGGUUGCCAACGCGGGUCUCGUCAAUCUCCAGAAACUCUAUCUGAGUUUGAAUCAACUGAGAGAGCUGCAAGAAAACGCUUUCUACAAAAUGAACAAUCUUGUUGAACUGGACCUCAGCUUCAACAAGCUGGGUGCCGUGCCUACAAACGCAUUUAAACACCUCGGAAAUCUUCGCCAGCUGCUCCUGAAAGGAAAUCCCAUUACAGUUCUGGCAGACUUCUCAUUCUCGCAUCUUCGAAGUCUUAGCGUGUUGGAGCUGAGCUCGUGUAAAAUUGAAACCGUCGCUCGAGAUGCACUGUCACAGCUAGAAAGUUUACAAGUUUUGAAGUUGGACGACAACCUGAUCAGCUAUAUCGACGCAUACACGAUGUUACCGCUACACAAGUUACACGGGAUUUCUCUCGAUGGCAACGCGUGGAAUUGCGACUGCCGACUACGGCCAUUCAGGGACUGGCUAUCACAGCAUCACCCUACGUCGUAUUCGCCGACGUGCCAUUUGCCGGAGACAAUCCGAGACUUAUCUUGGAAUAAAGCUUCGGAAGCAGUAUUCAGCUGUUCUCCCAAUUUUACGCUCAGUGCUCAAGAGUAUAAGGUGCAGGCAGGCAGCAAUUUGACCUUGCAUUGCGAAGCUUGGGGGAUGCCUCCCCCGGAGAUCCUAUGGUACAUGGGGGAUCUGCAACAGAAUGGCACAGUUCUGCGGGUGAACGACUCGCUCACAGCUUCUCAGCUGCUGCUCAACGAUGUGGGUCCAUUGCACGGUGGCACCUACACUUGCCGAGCAAUCAACCCAGCCGGGGAGGCCCGAUCGAACUUCACCGUUCUCGUGAGCUCGGACGCCCAUGAGACUCAUAUGGCUCCGACCACAACUAAAGGCGGGGUCCGGGUGGCUGACGUCCAGGGCUACUAUUCCGGCAACGCUGGCCUGAUCGGCCUCGUACUGGGCAUCACCACAGCGAGUCUCGUAGUUCUAUCCGUCGCGGUUCUGCUCCUCUGGAGCUGCCGACGGAAUUCAGUAGGCGACAAAAGGAAGACGGCGGAGGCCUCGACCGCGCUGGGAUCGGCCGAGGUCGAACCCUUGAAAGCAGCCGAGGCAGCCGAAGAUACCCCUCCACAGAAGCCUCCACGUACGCACGCCGACUACGAGUGCCUCACACCGUCAGCGCUCGACCUUGAAGGCUCGCUGCGUACGAGCUCGCUCUAUUCCUCAAACCCCUACUGCUGUAGGGAUCGACGCAGUUUGGCAUCUUGUGGACCUAUUCCAGUGCCUAUGCCUCUUCUGCCAGCCUGUGCCACUCUUCCGAGGGACAGAAGACCUCUAUCAUUGAGUCCGGCCGAAUUCGCGGGGCAGACGCCACCGGAUUUCCACACUUUACGGUCCCUCAACCUGAUGGACAGCCACGACUCGAGGGACAUUUAUUCGGGUUUCAGGUCGGAUCACUGCGUCGUUGGCUCGGCCCUGAUGGCGCACUAUAGAGGUCCCGACGUUGUUAGCGGUCAAUCGGGUUCACCCAGCGUUCCCGAGGAAUCUCAGGAUUGUAGCAUAUCGCAAAGUUCGAGCACGGCCCCGCUGCUCGCAUCCCCGGAUCUUUUGGUCGAUCAAGGAGACCACCCGUCCGCUUACUUCAGGUCUCCAUCAGUGCUCAGUACCGUCCCAGAGGCGCAAGAGCCCACAACAUUAGACGGGACUCAAGUUUAG